GCAAUAUUUUAAAUGGUUAACAAGAAAGGAGACUCCAAAACCAGGAAGAAAAAGACAAAAAAGCCUAUAGGAAGUAAACUAAAAUGCUUAGCAGACUUAAGAGAAAACAAGAGGUUGUUAAAUAAGAGUACCAAGAGCACAGCGAAUUUGUUACAAAGUUGUAGAGUACCUCCUCAUUCGAUAAAAGAAGGAAAGAACAAAUAGAAAGAUAACAUCAAGUAAGAGAAAAUCCAUCAAAAACAAGAAAGAAUUUCAAUUCCAGACCUUCAAUGAAUCAAAGUAUCCUAAUUUAUUCAGAGAAUCAGGCAAUUUUUCAAAUGGUACUUUUCAAUCAAAGGAGAACAGAAAAAUGUUCAGUAAUACUGCAGUUAGUGAGGAGUCAAACUUUCUCAAGAAUGUUCGACCUCCUAAAUCUCCAACGAUCAACAACUUCCUUCUGUCAACUCAGUCAGAUCUGAACGAGGAGGUCUACCAAAAUUCUGAGACCACCCGAACCCUGAACUUAGACCUGCAAAAAUCCCUGAGGAGAGAUUCCAGCAAAGACUCUUGGCUUGCCAGGUCUCAAUCUGGCUUGGAGAUACAACAGGAUUUACUGGAAAGGAUUCAUCAAAGAAAGGGGGAAAGGACCAAAGUACCAAAAGCAAGCACUACAGUAUCAACUCCAUCAUUGAUCAAAUAAAUGACUGGGUGAUGGAGGAAUUCAUCAAAACUCAAUUAAACUGAUAAAUUACAGAGAGCUUGGCCUUCACAGAAGAAAGGCACAAAAAAUACGAGAACUCCAUGGCUUCAAAAGUCGUAAAAUAUCAAAAGAUUCCCGUAAAUCUCGCUCAAGGCUUUCCAAGGAAGGACCAUUAGACAGGAAAAGUAUGGAUAGAAGGAAAUCGAAGUGCCAGACUAGGAACCAGCAUUUGAAAACGUCUUACGGAGGGCAUUUAUCACACAAGGAGAAGAGUAAAAAUACUACCUUGGCUCCUAAAAGAGCCAGUCGCAGGAGUAAUUCUAAGGAAAAUAAGCAACCUAAUGGAAUGUAUAUCUCAGACGGCAGAAGGGCUAGCUCAAAGAAAAUGAAAAGAAUUGGUAGCAACAAACACCUUAAAGUCUCUCUCAAAGACCUUGACUGUAUGAAGAAACUUAAAGAAAAGAUGACCAAUAAAGGGAAGAAAGGGAAUAAACAUCCUAAGAUGUAUAUUUCUGACCGCCCAGCUAAAAAGAAGUCUAAAAAGAGAAGAAUGAAGCAUAGCUCUUCUAGGAAUUCAUUUAAUAGCUCAACUCGAGAUCUAAUAGAAAAACAGAGAUCAGGCACUCAACUUGAAAACCACUACGUUGAAUCCUUAAAAAGAGACUCUAGCAAAUUAAAACUGAAAGGGUCUAAGAAGAAAAAGGAAGUUAGCAGAGGACCUUUUAACCAAAAUUCAAUGCAAAGUUUAAAGUCCAGCAUAGUUCAGGCCUCAAAAUUCCAAACUUUAAGGACCCCUGAAUCAGGCUAUAGCAGAGGUUUGCGAUUUGAAGACUUAGAUGCCGAACAAAUAGCAGUGAAGGAAGAUUAUAAAUUAGACACUGAAGAAUCUCAUCCUGACCUCUUUAGCUCAGGAGAUGAUGUGCUAGUCGGCAGCGGAACAAACUUUACCACAAGUGAGAGAAACCCAAACGAGACCACAGGAGAAACAACUCCUAGAGCACAAGAUGAUACUUAUAAGGAAAGCUUGACAUCUUUAGAAGGGUCUAAUGACGGCUGAGGUCGAGAAAAUAGAAGGAGUGUUGAGAAUGAGCAAGAUUGAUCCUCAAAUAAUGAUCAUGGCUUAAUAAACAAUAUCUCAAUGAUUAAAAUGAAUAAUGAAAUUAGCCAAGAAAGUGACUAUCUAAAACUAAAAACUUCCAUGAACGAAAGCCAGGGCGAACUUCUCGAAGAGUUCAUCACUCCUGAAGUCUCCACUAAAUCCUCUUACAUCAACGCUCCUAUGGUCGAAAUCCCACCACAGCCAUCCUUCCAAGCACCUCCCCUCGAUUCUCAUGAACCAGAACUCCCCUCAGACAGCUACUUCAUCAUGAUCCUUCCUUCAAACACCCCAUCUCCCACUGGCCCACUUUCCUCUACAGACCAAGCUCCCCCUUCAAAUAUUUCAAAUUUCAAGCGUACCCCUAAAAAUCCCCCACCUUCUUCUACAUCGUGCCCAAAGCGUGAAGCCAGACUUCCCCUUAUCCCUAGUGUGGCUGCAGAAUGAAUUCUAGAAGUAGGAUCUGAAGAAGAAGAGACAGAUGAGGUGGGUGAGAAGAGUUGGAGUUGAGCAGAAGAUAUGGGGGAUUGAGAAUUAGAGUAUUCUGUGUAAUUGGAGAAUUUGUUUUGGG